CUUCUUCUUCCUUUACCUUAUUCUCUCCAUGCUAUCAUUAUGAUCAUGAACAUGAACAUGAACCUCUCUUCCACCUCCAAUGACUCUCCACCACCUCCCUCAUUUUUCCCUUUCCCUUCCUUUCAACCUCCAUUAAUGAACAACCUCAACUUCAACUACAACUACAACUACAAUUACAACUAUAACAAUCAUCAAUAUCUCAUGCCAAUGACCAACAGCUCUUACACUACAAACUUGUUAGCAAAGCCAGAACAGGACAUCAGUGUUAGUUCUAUUGGUCUUAACUUAGGCCAGAGAACUUAUUUCUCUUCAGAUGAUGUUUCAAUGAUAAACAAAAUCUUUUCAAGGUCUAGAGGAGUGUAUUCAUCAUUGUCUAACCAGCAACCACCCAAGUGUCAAGCUGAAGGUUGUCAUUCAGAUCUUUCUUUGGCUAAACAUUAUCAUAGAAGACACAAGGUCUGUGAGUUUCACUCCAAAGCCACCAUUGUUAUUGCUGCUGGUUUACAGCAAAGGUUCUGCCAACAAUGCAGCAGGUUCCAUGUGUUGUCUGAGUUUGAUGAGACAAAGAGGAGUUGCAGAAAGCGUUUGGCUGAUCAUAAUAGGAGAAGAAGAAAACCUCAACUUCAUAAGAACAAGCAAGUCAUGAUCAUGAGCACUAGUAAUUCAUAUGGGAACAAGGGAAACAUGGAAGGGGAGAAGAAGAUGGAGGUUGAGACAUUUGAGUUUGAAUUUUCAAACUUGGACCAGAACCAAAACCAAGUACAUGAUUUUAUUGUGUCUGAUCAACAUGAUGAACAACAAACAAGUCCAAACAUGUCUCUUCUUCUUCAUCAUGAUCAUAACUUGUUCUGUUCUACUUCAAGUGGAGAACAACAUGAACAACAACAACAACAACAUAACCAUGAAGAUGUCAUGUUUGAGGUUGAGUUCAUGUGAUCAUAUUUUUUCAUUUCCAUGCAUGCAUGCAUGCAUGGCCUUGAGAAAUUAAUAUAUAUUGAGAGGGGGAGAAAGAUGGGUUUCUUCUCUAUAUCUGUCUACUAU